AUGGGGCACUCGGGCGCCCCGGGAGACACGCGGCUGCUCAGGACUGCGGCGCGGCUGCUCUCUCCCCGGCCCAGCUCCAGCCGGCUCCCGGCAGAAAGUUCCCGGGGGCCCCCAGCUGCAGCCAGCGCGCCGACUCGUAGGGGCGUCCCACAAGAGCCGCGCCCCCUCCGCUUCCCUUCCUUCGCCCAGCCGGCCGCCGCCACCGCCCCCUUCUCCCGGCGGUCGCAGCAACGGCGGCACCUGUUCCCACCGCCCGCGACCGACAAGUUGCUCCACGUUGCCCCUCUCCAGCCCCACCACCUUGCGGGCUCCCGAGGCCAGCGGCGGGCGGAGCCCCAUCGCGCUGCCGGCCGGUGUCGGCAGCCAGACGGACGGACUCCCUGCCUCACUCACCGGGGCGCUCGCGGGCGGCUGCUGCUGCUGCUCCUCCGCCGCCGCUCCGGCUGCUGCUGCCGCUGGGCUCAGCGGGGCCCACCCAGGGCAGGCGGAGGCCCCGGCCGGGCUGGAAUCCGGCGGCUGGAACGCCCCGGGGCGCCCCACUCCUGGGCUCCACGCUGCUGCGUCAGCACCGCCUCCUCCCGCCGCGUAGCCGCCCGGCUGCGGGAUGGGGACUCGAGGCGCGCCCCCUUCUGGGGCCCGCGCACAAGGCCGGAGGGGGCGGUCGCGGCUGCUGUCGCUGCUGCGCCUGCCGAGGGAGGAAGCGAAGGCGAAGGCAGGGUCCCGCUCCUUGGCCGCCGCCGCCGCCUCUUUCCGCGCCGCCGCUCUUCCCCCACCGCCGCCGAUGUGCUCGAACUCCCCGAUAGCAGGAACAGCAGCAGCCGCAGCAGCAGCGGUGGUGGUGGCGCGGCAGCAGCAGCAGCAGCAUCGAGCCCCUGCUCCGCUCCGUCCGUCCUGCCUUCCUGCUUCCUCGUCGGCAGCCAAUCAGGGCCCUCGCCAGCGCCGUCCGCUCGCCAAUCAGCGGUGCCCGGCCCGCCCCCGCGAACCAAUCUCCGCACCAGCCACCCGCCCCAGCAGCCAGGUCCCCAGCGCUGGCGGCUCCCAGCGGACACGGCAUGGCCACUACCGCCCAGCCGGGGGAGGAAGGGCGGCCCCGCGCCAGCAGCGGCCAAGGCGGCGGUAGCAGCAGCAGGAGCAUUAUCGGCUCCGGCGCCCGCCCCGCCCCCCAACCUGCCUCCGCAGCAGCAGCGGCUCCCUCGCGUCUCCCUCCCUCCCUCCCUCCCUCCCAGCCAGCGCACUGACUUCCCCCAUCUUCCGCGGCCACGAGUGGAGUGGCGAUGCUUCGACCCCGCGCAGGAGCCGAGCCCCUUUCCGCCUGCCCUCGCCUUCCAUCGCGCUUCUUACCCAGGCUCCUGGCCCCGGCUGCUGCCGCCGCGGCAGCAGCAGCAGCGUUUCCGUCUCCAUCGCAGGAGAAAAGGCUCGGUGGCGAAGUUUAUUCAGCGCCGCUGCCUCCAGCUGCUCCUGCCUCCCCUCUCGCCUCCUGGCUGCUCUGCCUUGCUUGCCAUCGUCCCCGCAGCGGAUCGAGCCGUUUCCCGGGCCGGUCACCUUCUUGCAAGCGAGUCCUUUGUUGUCUCCGCUCCCUGUGGAGAGCUUCCAUAUUCAGGUCACCGACUCUACUUGUCAGUCACCCUCCAGCAGUUCCUGCCCACAUCCGACGCGAGCCCCCUGCUUUGGACUCGGCGGGCCGGCGGCACGGAGAAGUGGGCACGGCUAGCCGGUCCAACUUGCCCUCGCCGUCGGAAAGCAUCUCUGCUGCCGCUACCGACUGCUCACACGACUUUCUCGAUGUAUAGCCCGCUCAGUCCACCCGCACACUCCUCUUAUGGUCGUCUCCUGCUAGGAGGAAAAGUGCUUCGAAAUCACAGCACAUCCUCUGACUCAUCUUAAAGUGAAGCAGCUGUCACUGCUGGAUUCUUUAAGAAUGAUUCCUUUAAAUGAGGGCAUCUUCUACUUCAAAAUGCCUGCAGAUGCAUCAUUCCUCCUCCUCCAAUGCCCCCUGCCUCUCAAAACAGUUUUCUGAAUUACUAUCUGUUCAAGAGUUUUAGAGGCAAGAACUCUGAACAGCAACAUGAGGAAACACUUCCUGUAUCACUGAGGGGUUGUUCAAAACAGCUAAGGAUUAUUCCAGUGGUGCUGCCUGAUCUUGCCUUCUGCUAGGCUAGCAAUUCAGCAGGUGACACUAGGAGAAUCCAUCCAAGGUUUUGUAUAAGGACUGUUGCUCGCAAUGUCAGAUAAUAUUGUACUGUUCCCUCUGAGAGCCAGUGUGGUGGUUAAACUAUCGGAGGGACCUGUGUUCAAGACUUUGUUUAGUAUGAAGGUCACUGGGUAACCUUGGGCCAACCACUACAUCUCAACCUAACCUACCUCACAGGGUUGUUGUGAGGAUAAAGGAGGGGAGAUGACCAUAUACAAUAUUCUGAGCUCCUUAGAGGAAGGAUGGGAUAUACAUUAAAAUAAUACCAGCCAGCUGUUUGUUCCUACUCUUCCAGUUUAGAGCUAAAUCAGACAGAAGCACAGGAAGCUUCUACUGGGGUACAGCUUCAGAGCUGAAUUAAUAGAAUGGACAGGACUGAGGACUGUAUUUGCUUCACGGCAUGUCAAGUGCUGGUUUUGCAACAAGCAAGUCUCAGAAAGCCUUUAGAAGGGUAUAAGAAUUGUAUUAUCAUAUUUAUAUACCUCCUGAUAUAUACAUAUCUAGGCAGUGAACACAAGCCAAGUUACAAUAUAUAUUUUUAACACCACUUUCACAGAAUAAAACAAUUAAACAGUUUUACACUUUAAUUACAAGCCUGGGAAAAUAGGUGUGCCUUAGUGGUCUUUUUAGAAGCAAUCUGAGAUGGAGGUGCUCUUAUUUUGACAGGGAGCAUAUUCCAAAGCCCUGGGGCAGCCACAGAGAGGCCUUGCCCAGAGACAGCUGCCAACAGACUAGCCCAUGGCAACUAUAACUGGACCUCCCCAGGCAAUCUUACUAGGCAGCAGCGUUCAUGACAAAAAAGAUGGAAUCUUUAGUUCCCUGGACCUAAGCCGUCCAGGGCUUUAUAGGUAAUGACCAGCGCUUUGUAUUUAUCUUGGAAACAUAUUGGCAGCCAGUGCAAUUCUUUCAGAAGCAAUGUUCUAUGGUCCCUUCAUGUUGUCCCAGAGACCAAACUGGCUCUGCUGCAUUCUGUACCAGUUGUAGUUUCCAGGCUACGUACAAAGGCAGCCCCACAUAGAGUGCAUUACAGUAGCCAAGCCUGUAGGUUACUACUAGCAUAUGUGCUACUGUUUUAAGACAUGGAUGUUUAAAACUGAGACCCGCUCCCAAAAGGGACAAAACAUGUUCUUUUCUCUCUGUUUGUAACUGCAGUGAUUAUUUUCCUUAGGUCUGAUAAAAAUAUUAACACAUGUA